GAGCUCGCAAAAGACGCGCAAGGCAAGGGUCUCUGUAGGCUACCAUGCCUCCCAAGAGGAGCCUGAGGAGUGUGCCGUCCAAGAACCGCCGAAAGCCGUUCAGCCACAAGCAGAAGAAGCUUCAACUGCAGCAGAAACGGCAGAGGAAGGGAGACAGACGCGAUGUAGGGACACCUCCGACGGUGUCUGCGGAGGACGGAGGGGACGAGAGAGGCGAGGGGAGCUCCACAGAGACUGGGUCAGAGGGAGAAGCUGUGGCGACAGUUGAGGUAGCCAGACUCAACCUCCAGCCAGCGACAGCAGACACAGACACCCACUACGACCCCAACAGGUAUAAGCUACACUUCCAGAGGGAGUCAGCAGAGGAGAUUGAGAGGAGAAAGCUGCGGGCCCAGACUCAGCCCCUAGCCCCCGUACCUGAGUCGGAGAUGGAAGUGAGUGUGGAAGACAUUUACAGACCUGGCUCAGAUCUAGACAUACCUCGCCGGCCUCCCUGGUCAUACUCCAUGACCAAGGAACAGCUGGACCAACAAGAGCAGUCCGCAUUCCAGGACUACCUGUCCCGGAUCCAUUCCAACCACCGUCCACAGGACCUCAGUCUGUUUGAACAUAACUUGGAGACGUGGAGACAGCUGUGGAGGGUGCUGGAGAUAUCGGACGUGGUUCUGUUCAUCACGGACGUCCGUCACCCUGCCCUCCAUUUCUCUCCGGCCCUCUACAGCCACGUGGUCGAGGACCUCCGGAAGAAACUUGUCCUAGUCCUCAACAAGGUAGAUCUGGUGCCUCCAGAAGUGGCUGUUGCAUGGAGACACUACUUUGUGUCCAAAUUCCCCCAACUUCACGUCGUCUGUUUCACGUGUUUCCCUAGUCACCAUCCCUCCUCCACACCCUCCUCCCCCCACCCCCACCCCUCCUCCGGUAGAGUAUCUCUAAGACCAAGGAAGAGGGUAGGAGGAACUCUGCCGUCUGCUGUUGGGUCCCGAGAACUCUUUGAAGUCGUGGAAGAAAUGUUUGCGGGAAAAGUUGACCUGAGUGGGUGGAGACAGAGAUUGGAGGGAGGAGGGGGAGGGGGAGAGGGUGGGGAGGGGAGAAAGGGGGGAGGGGGAGGAGACUCUGGUGUGGACAAUACUGACAGUGACAGUGAGAAGGAGUCAGGCAAGACAGGCAAGAGGCAGGCGGAAGUGGAGGAAAACGAUGCCGCUAAAGUCCAGUCUGACUCUACAGGCAUAGUCACUAUUGGGAUGGUCGGUAGGUCUUAAGGGUUAAUAACUCUGAGCAUUCAAUAAUGCUGCUCUUUUGAUGAUUUAAUGUUUGCCUCUUGGAUAUGUUAGAUGCUCCUUUGACGAGAGCCAAUAAUAUAUACACUCUUUUGAUGAGUUGAUAAUAUGUAGUAUGGCCUUAUGACGAAUUUAUUGUUCCUUUGACAAGUUAUUGCUGUGCGCUAGGUCAUCCAAAUGUGGGAAAGUCAUCUAUACUGAACGGUCUGGUGGGAAAGAAGGUAAGUUCCAAUCUUCUUCUGUUGACUCUUAGCAUGUAUCCAUGAGCUACUUGUAAUCGUGUGUGAUGUGCAGAAAGUGAGCACAUCCAGGACCCCGGGCCACACCAAACACUUCCAAACCAUCUUCCUCUCUCGCUCGGUCCGGCUCUGUGAUUGUCCCGGACUCGUCUUCCCUUCCCUGGUCAACAGACAACUGCAGAUAAUGAGUGGGAUGUACCCGGUGGCUCAGGUGAGAGAGCCGUACACGCCUGUCGGCUACCUGGCAGAGAGGACACCUCUCACCUCUCUACUGGGGCUGGUAGAGGAGGAGGGAGAGGAGGGGUGGACUGCCUGGGGGGUGUGUGAAGCCUGGGCCAAGAAGAGACGAUUUUACACAUCCAAAGCUGCUAGGCUUGACACCUAUAGAGCAGCCAAUAAUAUUCUGAGACUGGCAGUGGAUGGCAGGGUGAGCAUGUACUUCAGACCUCCGGGGUUCAGCAAGGAGAAAGACAAGUGGAAGGAGCAUCCUGAAGUGAAGGAGAUGAUUGAGCUGCAACAACAGGGGCUCACACGGGGUCAGGAGUCUGGGGGAAGUGUGGGUGGUUGUACUCACGGCAACGACCCCAGUGACCCCGAGGAGGGGGAGGAGAGGGAGGAGGAGGGGUGGGAAAGUGGGGAUGAGUGUAAGUGGAGUAGUGAGGGUGGGGAGAUUGGGGAGGAAGUGGACGAAGAGGAGAAAGAGACGGUGUAACUGACUUUGCCAUUUCUUCGCAACAUCAUAUCAUCUGUCAUACACAUAACCACACAGUAUCUAUUUGUAUCAGUCAUGCGAUGAUCAUGUGAUUCAGUGGUGGGUGUGGCUUGAUGCUAGCA